AAAAGAAAGUAAAUAAUUUGGGAAUUGUGUUUUCUACUUUUCUAGCGUAAAUAACAAUAUUAUGCAAUAAACAUGGCUAAAUUCAGCCUUAAAAAUAGCGACGAAUACUAUUUAGCGCUUUCAGAACAACCAAAGAGAUUCGAUGCUGAUAGCCCUGUAACAAACGUGUUUUUCGAUGAUACUAAUGGACAGGUUUUUACAGUGCGCUCCGGGGGCGUUACAGGCGUUACGGUCAGCGGGAUGGACGAAUCCAAGUCAACAUCCUUCAGAAUGGAAGACAGAGGUCCCAUAAUCUCGAUCAAAUUCUCUCCAGACCACAAUAUCUUGGCUAUUCAAAGAAAUCUAGAUAGCCAGGGGGCUAAUGUGGAGUUCGUGAAUUUCAAAGACUUGGUUCCUACGAACGUCGAAUAUUCGCAUACAUGCAAGUGGAAGAAUGCUAAAAUAUUAGGGUUUGUGUGGCCGAAGGUGAAUGAGAUAGCCUUUAUUACGGACCAUGGAAUUGAGCUGUUGCAAGUUUUUCCAGAGAAGAAACAAUUGAAGAGCUUGAAAACUACUUCAUUCAGUGGGGCGUGGUUCUCAUGGUGCGCUCAGAGCAACAUAGUGCUAUUGGCCGGCAACAAUGGAGCCUUACUGCAGCCUUUUGCUUUGAACAAUUCCACCAUCAGCAAGCUGCAGAAAUUGGAAUUGGACAAGCCUGUAGUGGAGCGCGAUGUGAUGUUACUACGCCUCUGCGCCGCCACGUGGUGCGCCGUGUUCAGACACGCUAGCAGUACCUCUGUCCUAGCCCCCGGACCCACUGAGUUGUGGCUACUACCCGUGACCGGCGGCGGGCAGACGCGGAUCCUUCGAACAGGUCUCGCGGGGCGCUUCGCCGUCAGCGUGCUUGAUAAUCUCGUUGCUGUACAUCAUCAGUCAAGCCAAACCUCCCAAAUUUUCGACAUAAUGGAAGAAGCUAAAUCAGAGCCGCACGCAACUAUCCACAUCCCUGUGGUCCCUGCGCACACUAUGAGACCAGCUUACGUCGACGGUCAACUCUGCCCUAUGUAUUCAGGUAACUGGGUGGUGUUCCAACCUGACUACAUCAUCGACGCUCGUCUAGGUUGUCUGUGGCGAGUCAAACUUAUUCCCUCUGGGCUGGCUCAUGCUGUGCCGAAAGAUGAGAUAUCGAAGAUAGUAGCAGUGUUGCUCCGACGGACAGACGGAAAAGAGACUAUCUACAGCGUCUUAGACCAGCUGGUGUCCAGCCCAGCCACGUAUUUAGUCCAACUGUCCAAAGUGUUUGAUGAAAUUAAUGCAGUGUACAGGAAAUGGGCGGACCAAGAAGUGGCACGUAACACCGCAGGCGAAGCUGGAAUUCCUGCCGCCCCAUCUGUGCUCAUCACACAAGAGCAUAUGUGCACGCUGCUGCAGCCCCACAACAACUUGGUGCAGGUGGUGACAGCCUACUUGGCAUCUCUAGCUCGCCACAACAUAACCGUCCAGCAUACUUGCGCGGCGCUCUGCGUACGCGCACUGGUAACAGGCGGAGCGGCUUCUCGACUUCGCGCCUUAGCUAGACGAGGCGCCCUGGCUGAUGCCAGGCCGCUGGCGUGCCAGUUACUGGCGCUAGGCGGGAAGCACAGCCACCACGCUCAGUUGGCUCUGGACAUGAUGUGGAGACUAGACGCCGUGCAGGAAAUCGAAGAGGUCCUCCUAAGCUGGAACGAGCCAGUCUCCGCCAUCGGCGCGGCGAAGCAAGCCGGCACCCACGUGUGGCACGCCAUACCGGCCAGGAAACUACUGCAGGCCGCCAAACAGUGCGCGGAGCAGAACGGGGACCCGGGCGCCUUCGCGGCCGUGUAUAGGGCGCUGCAAGCGAGGAACGAAAGGAUAAGAGGGGCGCCACAUUUUCUGAAAGGCGAACAAUGCGACGCGUAUGUAGAAUACUACAAGCAGAUCAUGUCGGAAUGAAACAACUCAGCGUCUGACAGGAUUUGAUUUGGAUUUCGUCGCUCAAGUUGUGUCUAAUACAAGAGUUAUUGAUAGGAGAAAUUAAUAGCGGUAAUAUGAAAAAAAUGUGAUUUAUGGUAUCGUGAGCUAUCGUUUUAAUGUGACAAAGUGGGACCUUUGAUUAGACUUCGACACAAAUCUCCUUUAAAUCCCAUAGGAACAUCAGCUUUUCAUAAUUUUUUUUUUUUUUAAUUAUAAAUGGGCUUACUCUUGGCCACUGACUAGCCAAAGGCAAAAACGUGGCCUAUGGAGUGAGCUCUCCCAGAAGAUGCCUGUUCAUACUUGAUUUGAAAAUUGAUUUUACGUAUACUUAGUUGGUUAUGACGUUAUGGGUUUUGAUAAUAUUUGUUAGUACCUAAGUAAAAUUAAAUUGAUCUGUGAUCAUUGUUAAAAUAAAAAUGUAAUUAUGUGUUUGUUGAAAUGAAGACAAUUUUAUGUGUACCAAAUGUUGAUGGCCUCAAGGCUUUGACUGUUAUGUCCUAUUUAGUUGAUUUUUAAAGUUAUCUUUUAACAAAAAAAUGCGUUCCAGAAUUCGUCAUUGCAUUUCAUUUCAUGUAACUUGUUAUGACAAAGUUCCAAGUUAUUUAGUUGAAUAGACUACAUCCUAUAUUAGACAGAAUAAAAUUGUAUUACAUUUAUUACAAAAUAAGAAAUAUUAUUAUUAAUUUAUAACUGAUUAUAUAAUCAAAUGAAUAUAAUAUAUUUGUGAAAAAUAA